AACUGCCGCUUUCCGCUCGGCUGGCAGCAACAAGUCGAUUAACGAAUCAUCGAACAGCAGCAGAGCCAACAACAACAAACCUCUGGGUUCGACCUGAGCCCUGCGCGCUGCCUGACAGGUGGAAGUCCGGCACUGUGUACCGGCCCGGUUCCACCAGUACGGUGCUGCAGGCUACAGGUGGUUCCGGCUACAGUUUGGGUCCGUCAGUGUUUCCGAAUUAAAGUCGAAAAUAGAGAAAGAUGCGCCUGUCAGUCCGAGUAAAGGGCUGAAAGUAACCCGGUAAUCAUCUGACUACCAUACAGGAGGAACGGUCGAUCGUCGAGCAGCGGAUCCCGGGGGGGGCUGCACCGACAGCCCGACUGUACUAGAAGUUUCUACCGGUCCGGUUCAGCCUCCCUCAUGACGAACAUCAGCGGCAGGACUCCCGCCAUUACCGGAUAAACAAGUUCCGCUGAGCUCCUCGGUCCAUUGGCCGGUCGGAGGCUGCUAACGGCUAACAGCGGAGCUAACGGCUAACAGCGGAGCUAACGGCUAACACCGGAGCUAACGGCUACCACCGGAGCUAACGGCUAACCGCGGAGCUAACGGCUACCACCGGAGCUAACGGCUACCACCGGAGCUAACGGCUACCACCGGAGCUAACGGCUACCACCGGAGCUAACGGCUACCACCGGAGCUAACGGCUACCAGCGGAGCUAACGGCUAACACCGGAGCUAACGGCUACCACCGGGAUGUUCGGCUGUCUGGUCGCCGGCAGGCUCGUGCAGACGGACGCGGUCCAGGUCUCCGCGGAUAAGUUCGUGUUCAACCUGCCGGACUGCGACAACGUGAACCACGUGGUGGUGUUCAUGCUGGGCACGGUGCCGUUCCCCGCCGGUAUGGGCGGCGCGGUGUACUUCUCCUUCCCGGACCCGGUGAGCGGCGCUCCGGUGUGGCAGCUGCUCGGGUUCAUCACCAACGACAAACCCAGCGCCAUCUUCAAGAUCUCCGGGCUGAAGGCCGGGGAGGGCGGGGCGCACCCGUUCGGCUCCGUGGCCUCCUCCCCGUCCCCCUCCGUGGCUCAGGUCGGGGUGUCGGUGGAGGCUCUGGAGCAGCUGGUCCAGCAGAUCCCGGUGUCCUCCGCCGCCGUGGCCGCCGUGGACUCCUUCCUGCACUUCACGCAGAAGAUGUUGGACAGUCUCUAUAACUUCGCCUCGUCGUUCGCGGUGUCGCAGGCGCAGAUGACCCCGAACCCCACCGAGACCUUCAUCCCGUCCAGCUGCAUCCUCAAGUGGUACGAGAACUUCCAGAGGAGGAUGAGCCAGAACCCGAACUUCUGGAAGAACUAAUGAGACUGGGAGAACCGUAAAGACUCAACAGUUCCCAGAGUUCCCAGAGUUCCCACAGUGCCUGAAGGCCCCAAUAAAAGUGUUCCCACCCG